UUCAAUAGGAAAAGAUAGGAAAAGUUAUCUCUCCCCUCUACGUACGUACCUGGUAUCUCUAGCUCCCUCUCUAUCUGUCAGCUCAACCAAUGUCAUACUAGAGGAGACAACGCACAUUACAGUACAGAGCCAUGUCAGCAGAGCCCGAAGAUGUUGACUGUCGCUCAUUCAAGGACUGGGUGCUCAAAAAAGAGACUGAAUUGAGGUUGGAGGUUGAUAACGAUGACACACUGGAUAUAAAGCUCAUCAGUGGCAGUGCGGAGGUGUUUGGCACAGAGCUAGCUGUGGGAAAGGUCUACACUAUAUGCAGCAGACUCAAAAUUGCAUUGUUUACCUGGUACGGGUGUACCUUGAGAGUGAUAGGGAGCCCUUCUGUACACUACCAGUCUGGGGAGACUCCCAUGAUUAUGUACCUCAACGCCCACUCCGCUAUAGACCAGCUGAGAACUAAGUACGAGGCAAACGGAAGGAUCGGGCCAAAGGUUCUUGUGGUGGGUCCUUCUGACGUGGGCAAGAGCACUCUGUGCAGGACCUUGCUCAACUACGCUGUGAGGAUGGGCAGACACCCUUGCUUCCUGGAUGUGGACAUUGGGCAGGGUUCAAUAUGCAUUCCUGGGAGUAUGGCAAUUCUGCCUGUAGUGCGACCGUGUGAUUUAGAGACUGGAGAGUUCAGUAAGAAAGCGUGUCUGGUGUACCACUAUGGCCACUCAAGCCCCGGACCCAACCUCAAGCUGUACAAGACUAUAGUCUCUGAGCUGGCUAGCAUGUUCAAGGAGCGAUGUCAAGCUAACUCUCAGACCAAGACUGGUGGCUGUGUGAUCAACAGUUGUGGCUGGGUGGACGGGGGUGGCUACAAGGCACUACUACACGUGGCAAACGCUUUUGAAGUUGAUGUGGUGCUGGUUAUGGAUCACGAGAGACUGUACAAUGACCUACAAAGAGAGCUGCCCUCGUCAACACACAUUGUCCCUCUUCCAAAGUCAGGCGGAGUGGUGGUACGGAGCCGAGAGUUUAGAAAGAUGUCUCGACACCAAGCUACGAGAGAGUACUUUUAUGGCAAGAAGUCUCACAGAUUAUUCCCAUUCUCCUUUGAGGUCUCCUUCUCUGAUGUGCAGCUCUUCAAAAUAGGAGCCCCUGCUGUUCCUGAGUCAGCACUUCCCAUUGGAAUGGAACAAGAAGACGGGAGCACUCAACUGAUUCCAGUGGAAGCAAGCCGCAGUCUGGUUCACAGUAUAUUUAGUUUGAGCAUGGCUACUACUUUGGAAGAAGACCUCACUGUGACCGCCAGUGCUGGUUUCCUCUGCAUUACUGCAGUUGAUGAAGAGGCUAAGACUCUGACUGUGCUCUCUCCUGCUCAGGGGCCAUUACCAAGAAAGUUUCUCCUACAAAGUGACAUAACAUUCCUAGACCUUGAGUAAACACUUAUAGUUGUUCGUUUCAAAAUGCAAAGUGAAAUUUCUGUGAA